AUGAAAGAAAGCACAGCUAAGGAUAAUGAAUUGGAUAGUAAAUUCGAUAAGAAAGGAAAAAGAUCUGUCAAUGACCAAAAGAGUGGUAGCAUUGAUUCGGAUAUUAAGGAAGUUUGCGAUAAGCUAGAUUCAAAGUCUGCUUCGCUUCCAAUUCCUGCACAAAGCGAACCGAAUAAGAAUGAAGAAGGUUCCUCUCGUGACCCGCUAGGUGGAAGGCUAUCAACUAGCAAUGAAGAUGCUCGAAAGGUCAAAUCACAUUUACAGUUAAGCUCCACUGCACAUGGUGUAAGAAUGCUCUCGAAGAAUAUCUCUAAUACUAAAGUUAAUAUAGAGGUCGAAAAUCUUAUGAUAGUUACGAAGAAACAGGAUACUUCCUUGAUUUACUUAACAAGGGAAAUGGUUGAAUGGAUUCUUGUAAAUUUUCCUACAAUUACUGUUUAUGUGGAUUUAAAAUUAAAGACUAGCAAACGUUUUAAUGCAAGUGAGUUAAUAAAGGACGCGAACUGCGCGGAUCAUAAAAUUAAGUACUGGACGCCAGAAUUAGUGAAUGAACAUAAGGAUUUCUUUGAUUUGGUAGUCACGUUGGGUGGAGAUGGCACUGUUCUGUUUAUUUCAUCUCUCUUCCAGAGAGAAGUGCCCCCAAUAAUGUCAUUUUCUCUUGGAUCUCUAGGAUUCCUAACGAUAUUCAAGUAUGAAAACUUCAAGGAAGACCUCACAAGGGUGUUACAGUCAAGAAUAAGAACUAGGAUGCGGAUGAGGUUAUAUUGUAAAGUUUACCGUCGGAAUUCCAAAAGUUCUGCCGAAAGAAAAGAAAAGAAUACCAAGAAGUACGAACUUAUAUCAUCAUAUCAUGUUUUGAACGAAUUGGCAAUUGAUAGAGGACCUAGCCCAUUCCUGUCGAUGCUAGAACUGUAUGGAGAUAACUCUCUUUUAACGGUUACACAGGCUGAUGGUCUUAUUAUUGCGACUCCGACAGGUUCCACGGCGUACUCUUUAAGCGCCGGUGGAUCGCUGAUGUAUCCUAGCGUGAAUGCAAUUGCGGUAACACCAAUCUGCCCACACACUUUAAGUUUCAGGCCUAUCAUACUUCCUGAUAGUAUGACUUUAAAAGUAAAGGUCCCAAUGAAUUCCAGAGCAACAGCAUGGGCUGCUUUUGAUGGCAAAAAUAGAGUUGAACUACUGAAAGGCGACUACAUCUCAGUAGCUGCAAGUCCAUAUGCACUUCCUACAUUAGAAUCCUCACCAACAGAAUUUAUAGAUAGUAUCAGAAGGACAUUGAACUGGAAUGCUAGAGAACCGCAGAAGUCCUUCGCCCAUAUGCUAUCGGUCAAGAAUCAACUCAAGUACGACAGUGAUGCGUGUGAUAAAGUAGUGUACAAUUCAAGUGAAUCCGAUGAUGAGGUCAUUCCUUCCAAAACGGAUGUUAGAGAAAGAGGACAAAUAUUUAAAGUUCGAACAUCAAGCAUGAUAAGGAAUCAAAGCAUCUCCGAGGGCUUUACUCAUCGUGGUACAGUGUUACAAGAAGAUAGCAGUCGUGAAGCAUUUGAUGAAAUUGAUAUACCUCGCAAAAAACGUUCAGGAUCGACUACUCCGGUUAGUCCUGGCUGCAAAACAGAAAACUCCGAACAGGUGGCACCUUCGGAUUCAUUACAGCCUUCCGUUUAA